AUGGGUCUGAUCGAGGCAGUCUACAUCUUCAACGAGCGCAACAAUGUCAUCGUAACUCAUACUUUCACUGCGCGCCCACCACCUGCUUCCACUCUACUACCGCUAUACCUUGCCCAUGCAGAACCGAGACCGUCAUGUAUCUACCUGUCAGGAACAAACCCGCCGACACUACUGUUCUCCAUGCUACAAGAUGGCCUCUUGUUCAUGAGUCCCUGCUCGACCGACACGGAACCACUCGUCGUCCUCGAGUUCUUGCAUCGCGUCGCUGAUGCCCUUGAAGAGUUUCUGGGUGCACCUUUGCUGGCUAGUAAAUUGGAAGCAAACUACGAUGUUAUCGCCCAGGUCCUGAGUGAGAUGUGUGAUGGAGGGUUGAUUGGUGGUACUGAAGCCAAUGCGCUCAGAGAUGUUGUCGACACACCGUCAUGGAUGGGCAAGUUGCUGGGAGGUGUAGGGCUACCUGGCACGUCUCCCGCCUUAAACGCUGGCCAAACACCAUUUUCUGGCCUAGGAAGUGGUGGCAGUGGAAGCCUUACUCCUACACUAUCAACCGCUGGCUCUCAGAUUCCCUGGCGUCGCUCUAAUGUCCGUCACACAAGCAACGAGAUGUACGUCGAUAUUGUCGAAACCCUCUCCGUCACCUAUGCUCCUUCAGGCCGUCCUCUGGCUGCCUUUGCAAACGGCAGUAUCGCUUUUACCAGCAAGGUCUCUGGUGUACCCGACUUACUGCUAUCUCUACGUGCCGGCAGUGGACCCGGUGCCGAUAAAGUCAAACGCACAAUGGAACGUCCAGUCUUCCAUCCUUGCGUAAGACUUGCCCGCUGGCGCGACCACGCAGAACUUAGUUUCGUCCCUCCAGACGGCCGCUUUGUACUGGCUGGCUACGAUGUAGAUUUGCUAGACCCUUCAGCCUCGCCUCUGUCCGCCAAAGCCAAUGAUCUAAACUUGCCUGCUUCGAUAGAAAUACGCACAGGACUAGGCGCCACAGGUUCAGAUUUCGAAGUCCGUCUCACAGUUAGUCAUCGCUUUUACACCGGCACUGGCUCUUCUUCAGGAGCAUCUUCAGGAGCAGGAUCCGCAGCAGCAACAAGUCUAUCAAAUAACCUAGGUGCCCCUCGUCCAGCCACCCUCCGCGGCAACUCUGGCGAUGCAAAAGCACCACUUCUCGAGGAUUUGACCGUUAGUAUUCCUAUAACCGCUGCCGUACGCAAUAUCAGCGACUUGCGCGCUACAAAAGGCGAAGCACACUGGAGUCCCGGCGAUACCUCCAUCGAAUGGAAGAUUUCCGCAAAGGAAGCUGCAGGAAUUAGCAGUGCUGGUUGCAUUCUACGCUGUUCAGUAGUCGGCACCUCCUCCGAUGAUGACGAAGACUCAGCACCUCUUUCCAACGGCAUGAAAAGCAAUACCCACGACUACGACGACGAUGAAUACCAAAUCCCCAACACCAAGCCCAACGACACGAACCCAGCAACAAACAAAAAGAAAGCAAGACAAAACGCAAUUCUCAUGCCCGGAUCUGCGAGUCUGAGUUUUGGCGUCAAGGGAUGGUUAGCCAGUGGUUUGAAAGUAGAUAGUUUGGUCAUUGAUACUAAGAGGAGUAAAGGGCUUGGCGAGGGAGUGAGGCCGUAUAAAGGUGUCAAGUAUUUGACUGUGUCGAGGAAGGGUGUGGAGGUUAGAUGUUGA